AGCCAUAGCAGUGCGUGCAUCGAGCGCGGAGUGAGAUCGUCGAGUGUCAAAAAAGUGCUUAAAAAUCGAGUGUAAUAACGGUUUUAAUAGAGAGAAUAAAUAAAUGGUCGCACGUAGAUGGACAAUAGAAAAAGAGACUUUUCAGGCUGCUCGUUGGUUGCCAAUAAUAUGAGGCAACACCUCGAGGUUGUGAAACGUCGAGCGGAUGUGAGCGGGAUUUUGUGGUGAGAGACAACGCUGAAGAGCAAUGCUCCAGCCGCGUUUGAAACCGCGAUCGUUCGUACGUGAAUAAGAGACAAAGGAACAUUUUCGUGUUGUUUUAGCAUCGAAGAAAUUGGUUUACUCGAAAUGUGGAUAAACUAAAAUGUGAUAAUGCCCGGAGACAGUUUAGCAUUCGUUGUUUAAAAAUCGUUGUUUUGAUUCCUGGAUUAAAUCAGGACAAAAAAGAUUGAUCGCGAUAUCACCGAAUUUCAUCAAUAUAAGGCGGCAUAAAACGAUCGAUAAAUUUGAGACGAAAUGAGGGUUUUUGGGUCAAGAGAAUUCAUCCUUCCUUGUUUACUCACUUUAAUCUCCUCGUCGUCUGACAGUAUUACACUAAUUAUGACUCAAUGAUGACCUGACCCGAUCACCCAGACGCGAGCAGAGGCGCGAAUGAUAACGAGAAAGAAUUUGAAUCAAAACUCGUAAUCGGAGACUGAAAUUUUCGUCAGUUCUAACGGAUUUUCGGGGAAGAAAGAGCUCUUACGAAAUAACGCUCUUCGUUGCCUCCAUGUCUCGGAUUUAUUGUGAUUAAUAAAUUUAACACUUAAUCUUCAUCAUUCGGAUAAAAUGUGGCCACGAUUCGCCAAGAUCUAUCGAUCAUGGCUCGUCUAUAUUCUCGUUGCUACGAUUCUUUGCAUCCUCUUCAUGUGGUCAAGAAACAAACAAAAUGAUAAUGAUUUUGGCGACGAUUACGUCUCACUUAGGCUUCUGGGAGAUCAGAAAGAUUACAUCGAUCGUCGAGGAAUUCACGUUGUCGUUGGCCAUUACAUAGGGGACUCUGUCGAUCCUCUCAAAACUCCAAAUGUUACAAAAGAUAUAAUUAAUAAAAACAUGUUCGAACCAAAACCACGCGAAGGGAGAAAUGGCGAGCCAGUGAUAAUACCAUCCAAGGAUUUUCACGUGAUGCAACAACUCUUUCAAAUUAAUAGAUUCAAUCUGAUGGCGAGUGAUCGAAUUCCACUGAACAGAACAUUGCCUGAUGUCAGGAAGAAAAAGUGCAUCUCAAGAUACUCGAAGAUAUCGGGACUACCGAAAACUUCGAUAAUCAUAGUAUUUCAUAACGAGGCGUGGAGCACGUUACUGAGAACCGUCCAAAGCGUUAUCGAUCGUUCGCCUCGCGAAUUAUUGGUGGAAAUAAUUCUUGUGGAUGACAACAGUGAUCGAGACUUUUUGAAAAGGCCUCUGGACGAAUACGUCGAAAAAUUAAAUGUUCCGACCCGUGUUUUGCGCUCGGACAAACGAGUCGGUUUGGUAAACGCUCGUUUAAUUGGUGCCAAAGAAGCGAUAGGUCAGGUUCUCACGUUUCUCGAUGCUCACUGCGAAUGCACGGUUGGCUGGCUGGUACCCCUUUUGGAAGCUAUUUCGAUCGAUAGAACCAGAGUCGUUUCUCCUGUUAUUGACAUUAUUAAUGACGACACUUUUGGAUACACGAGAUCGUUCGAGCUUCACUGGGGCGCGUUCAACUGGGAUUUGCAUUUCCGCUGGUUAACCCUGAACGGUCCAUUGUUACGAGAGCGGCGUGAAAACAUCGUAGAUCCGUUCAAGACCCCAGCGAUGGCAGGGGGCCUCUUCUCAAUGGACAAGGAAUACUUUUUCGAGCUUGGAAGUUACGACGAUCGUAUGCAGAUUUGGGGAGGAGAAAAUCUCGAGCUGUCUUUUCGGGUUUGGCAAUGUGGCGGAAGUGUUGAAAUCGCUCCUUGCUCUCACGUCGGUCAUUUAUUUCGCAAAUCGUCGCCUUACACUUUUCCUGGUGGAGUCGGCGAUAUUUUGUAUGGGAAUUUGGCUCGCGUCGCUCUCGUCUGGAUGGACGAUUGGGCGGAAUUUUACUUCAAAUUCAAUCCAGAGGCUGCGAGACUUCGAGACAAACAACAAGUCCGUAACCGUUUGGAGCUCCGAAAAAAACUCGGUUGCAAAAGUUUUGAAUGGUACCUGGACACCGUUUGGCCCGAACAUUUCUUCCCGAAGGAUGAUCGUUUUUUUGGAAGGAUUGUUCACGUACCGACGAUGAAAUGUCUGAUGAAACCCUUGGCUAAGGGAAUGUACGCCCAGCCUUCAGGAUACGCGAUUUACGAGCCGUGCGUUAAAUCACCGACGCUCAGUCAAAUGUUCGUAAUGGGAACGAACGGUGUUGUAAUGACCGACGAGAGCGUGUGUCUCGACGCACCGGAGCGUGACACGCGUCAUGAGAAACCAAAAGUUAAAAUAAUGGCCUGCAGUGGUCUCCAUCGUCAAAAAUGGCGUUACGACAAAGACACCCGAGCUUUCGUUCACGUGAGUUCAGGAAUGUGUCUCCACGUGUCACCGGACUCCGACGAGGGCCCCGUAAUUGCAGCCUGCAACGGAAAUACCGAGCAGCAGUGGAUCAUGGAAAGCGUAUCUUGGAAAUGAUGAUCUCCACAUUUUUUCUCACAAACUAUAAUAAAGUGUACAUAAUGAUGACGAUUUCUGUUCCAUUGUACUUAAAUCAUGUUUUUUUUGUCGUAUAAAAGAUCAUUUACAUUAAACGAGAUCUCAAUUACCAGUGAUCUUACUCGAGUAAAAAAUUGAUAAUUUAUUCCACAAAUUGGAAUGAUUUUUGUUGACCAAACUGAUCUGUUGUUUUGAUAAGACUUUGGAAUGGUACAGAAAUCUCUUUUGAGACAGUGUUGAGACUCGUCACUUUUGACGUCGCAACAGUUUUCAAGCUCGUCUGGCUUUUUUUGCUCCAAGUAAACGUAGGUAAGGAACGACUGUGUGGUUUACCUGGAUGGUGAAAGUUUGAUGGCGAAUGAAGUAAUUUUGGAGGUUUAAUGAAUUUCGUAAAAUGCCAAUAAAUUUUGCAGAACGUUGAGAAUAA